UAUUAGAAAAAAAUCUUUAAACGCGUUGAGAUAAUUUUAAUCGCAAGUUCCUUAUAAAAAUGAGUCGUUUCACCCCAUCUAAACCACUCUUUAAAGAUAGCAAAGCAAUCGAUAAUUAUGUUUUAUACAACUUUGGACAAAAGCCAACUUCGGGCCAAAUUAAACAUUAUUGGCUCUCUAUUGCAAAAAUGUAUUUUAGUGUCGAAAAUUACAGUAUGACCGCUGAAUUUCUCUUUAGACUUAUAUUAAUAAGCCCUCAGAAUUACGAGGCUUUAGAAUUACUAGGUACAACAUACAGAAAACAAGGACAAUUGUCAAACGCAUUAGAAUAUUACGAAAGAGCUCUUUCCACCCCAAAUGCACCACAAACUCUUGCGCAUGAUGCUGCUGAGCUCUGUAUCCAACUAGUGAAGAAACAAAAAGAAGAAUCUGAAAUUAAAAAUUUGAUGACAAAAGCUCUAUACUGGAUAGAAAGGAAACGUUCAUUGAAUAAUAAUAAAUAUGACCCUCAGGCAGUUCAAUUGUUGCAAAAAAUAUAUGUUAUUUUGGUUCGCCAUGCCGAAAAGCAAUUAGAUAAGCGUUCAUGUCUGAAACGUCGAGAGGGAAUUCCACCAGUGGUGAACAUCAAAUGGAUUGAUGAGUCUGUAAAAGACCUAAUCUCAUCAGAAGAAACACUUAUUGACCCAUUAUUACAUAUACUGUUGACCAAGAGUUUGCUUAAAAUUCAAGAUUAUCAACGAGCAUGGAAACACGUAAUGCAACGGCGGUAUAAUUUUGUUGAUAGUCUAGAAUGGAAUACUUUUGUCAAAACAACAUUUCCAAAGUAUAAAUUGGAGGCUACUAUCGAUAAUCAAAAGGAGCCUUUACAUGAACCCACCGAAUUGAUAUUUUUUGCAAAUGAUAAUGUUGUGAGGUUAUCCUUGAAUAUGAGGUAAAUCGUUCGCAAAUAUUCAAUUUUUUUUUUGUUUAAUACCACAUUAUUAUUUAAUUUAACAUAGGUUACCAGAAGAAUCUGAUAAACUUGUGAAUGAAUUUUCGGAAUUAGUUAAAACUUGGGAAAUUCCAAAAUCGCAAAACGCUCAGUUAUUGGAGAAGUGGACGCGUUUUCAACAGGAGUAUCUUUCAAGA